CAGCAUAAUAUAUUUCAAGCGAAGAUUGUUUGUUGAUCUGUCCACAUCAAAUAUAACGAAGCAGACGUGGUGGACGUGGUCCACGAGGUUUCUCUGUCUCUACCAGCACCGAGGCUCUUUACCCGUAUUGGCGGAAAGCAGGCAGGAAGACCAAGACGAGUUUUGCGGGAUACAACAUCCUGAACGCUCGCUGCUCUGGAGCAUAUUUGUACUACCGGCGAUCACCUUCCGCCGGUGUCAAAGCUAAACUUUCACGACGGACCAACGUGCACGCUCAGGAAAGUCUUGCGUUAAGCUGGUUUCACUUUCAUCCCGGAAAACAAGAUUUCGUUGUACUUCUACCAGAACAACUUCAUCAAAAAAAGGUAUCUGAAAGGAGCAGGCGUGUACAAAAAUAGGACGAAAGCCAAAGCAACCUUCU